CACUAGUUAGUUAGCAGUACGGCUGGUGACGCCAUUGACAACCACGCUCGCUCAGUGGUUUGUUUCGGGGUUUCUUCUUAGAAGAGCUGAGCUCUCCAUCAUAUGUUAAUAUUGCGUUUAGAUCCGUGUAUCACUCAGGUAUCACUCCACUUAGACGGUAACAAUCAGUGAAAGGACUGAAAGACAGGAAGAUAAAACCCAUGAACGGCACGGACACCAUUAAUAAAUGAAGACAACGAGAAACCACCUUACCGUUUUCUUAAGAAAGCAAAAACUCAAUCGUCACUUGAAAUGAGUUAUUUAGCUAUUUUACUUCACUAAAAAAAGUAAAUGUUGUCGACACAUUCGCAAUUCACCUCCAAAAUGAUGUUUUCUGCACGCGAGAAUCGGUGUCAUCGCUUUCAGGCCAACAUCUUCAAUAAAAGUAAAUGUCAGAACUGCUUCAAACCCGUGGAUUCGCACAAACUCAGCGAAGCAGAUCUGUUUCAGACUAAGCCUCUUCAGGUGGGCUGGCUCCUCCUGGCCCCAGAGGACACUGACUUCAGCAUUUGUGGCCUCAGGAAACGGAAAUGGCAGAGGAGAUAUUUUGUGCUUUACGAGCAUGGGCUUCUAAGAUACUCUCUGGAUGAGAUGCCAGGUACAUUGCCCCAAGGAAGUGUAAAUAUGUCCCAGUGCUGUGAGGUUCUAGACGCUUCAUCUCAAACUGGCUUCCAGAACUGUCUGAGGUUGUGCUUCACUGACAGAGACUACUACAUCCGAACAGAGAGCACAGACAGCUUCAGCAUCAGUAGGUGGCAAGAAAAUCUGAUUGUUUACCCCAAAGCUGCUAAAUCAAAUCAGAAGAAGAAGGGGAAGGAUCCAGCCCACCCACCGCAACAGACAGCAGAAAACCAAACCUCCAGCAGCAGCAGCAGUAGUAGCAGUGGUGGUGCUGCUGCUAAGAAAAGUAGCACUUCUGGAAAUAGUUUCACCAGCAGCAUUAAAAGACAAGGCAGCAUCGGUUCUAGUAAUAAUAGCGGCGCUAGAGUGUCCGUCAGCGACAAUGCUGGCACUAGUACCAGCGGUGCCACUAAAGGCAGUAGCAGAAGUAGCAUCAGUAGUACUAAAGGGGCCACCAAAAAUGAAAGAAGAGGUAGCGUGGUGAGCGCGUUGGAGGAGGAGCUGGAGGAGGAGUCACUCAGUGGUGAAGUCGGGGUUCCUUCCAGCACUGGUAAUGCUUCAUCACUCGAUACCAAGCUUGGGUCCUCUCUCUCUUCAUCGCUCAGUCAGUCCUCGGGCUGCUCUGACACAGACGGUACUAAGAAUCGAUUGGGCACUGAAAGCGGCUAUUCGUCUCUGGAGAAGACAAGUCCAAGUGUUGUGGAUGCACAAGCAAACACUGACCCCAGGUGUGACCGUGUUUCUGUUUCUUCACCUGCCGCACAUCUGUGUAUGUUUCCUACCUCAAUGUCCCUUGGCCCCUCCCCCUUCCCUCCACCAACUAAUCACAAUUCACAGGGGGCAUGUGGGGUUGAUCCUGAAGAUGUGGUGGGUUUCUCUUGGGAGAGAAGUUUGGAGUCCAGUGGGGAGAGGCAGUCACACACAUCCAUGACACACACACUUAGGCAUGAAUCACCCAGCCCAAGAAGAAAAGUACACCGGCUGUUUGGAAAUCGGCACAGGAGAUCUCAGGGAGCUGUUCAUCAAGAGGGUUCAUUUCUGGAUACCGAGCUUCCCCCCUCAACCUUCACUACUUCCUCUACUGAACAAAAUGACCAUAAGACAACUGUCAGUACAUCUCAGGAUUCCUUCCCUAAUGAUAUUCCUGAUCACUCAAAACAUUUGAUGUCAUGUAGUCUCCGCUCCAAAUCGCUGGAGCGCAGACCGCUUGAUUCCACGCCCACACCUGACCUCCUUAAUUUCAAAAAGGGAUGGAUGUCUAGACUGGGAGAAGAUGGAAAGUGGCGGAAACACUGGUUUGUUCUUACUGACCAGACUUUGAGAUUCUAUCGUGACUCUGCAGCAGAAGAGGCAGCUGAUGUGGAUGGUGAGAUCAACUUGUCUACUUGCUAUGAUGUUACAGAUUUCCCUGUACAAAGGAACUAUGGCUUUCAGAUUCAUACAAAGAAUGGAGUCUUCACCCUCUGUGCAAUGACUUAUGGGAUACGACGCAACUGGGUCCAGGCAGUAAUGAAAAACAUUCAUCCCACCGUUGCCCCUGAUGUCACAUGGAAAAAUCCUGCUAUAAAACCCAGUUCAAUUCCUCAAAAGGUGCCAAUGACUAGUGCACAUGCUCGUACAAGCUCCUGCCAAUGCAGUACAGUUCCCCAGGAGGCAGAGCAAAGGAGUCGCAUCCGUGAGCGCCGUAGAGAGGGGCGUUACAAAACCUUUGAUUGGGCAGAAUUAAGUUGUAAACAGCACAAAGAGGAGUGGUCAAAUGAUCCAUCCGGAAAGCACUGGAACCACAACAGUGAGCGCUCGGUGCCUCCUGCACCUGCAUCAUCUCCUGAAGAGCAGAUAACACGUUCGGCCUCUGAGGCAUCAGAGAAUGAAUAUCUUCAGAAAAAAAUAAUCUCACAGAGGCAAAGCUUAAAUAUCUUGUCAGCUGAUAUACCAUCGAACUUAUCACUUAUGGCAGUGUCCAGUCGCACCUCCCCAGAAUCAAUCAGCCCAGACAGCUUAGAGGUUGAUGCAGGAACCGUAUAUGUCCACUGUGAUGGCCGUGGUGAACUACAGGAAGCUAAACCCAAAGAAGAAAAGCAGGUUGAUCGCUCCACAUCUCCAUUGCCAGUCGCCUUCUCUUCAUCUUCAGCGCAGACAGAAUGGCAGUGGGAUGUGGAGCUUCAGAGCCUGCGUAGAGAAUUGAAGGCUGAGCACGAGAGGAAUCAGACUCAAGAAAGGGAGUUAAGACUCAGUGAGGCCCAACUCCAAGCUGAGUUUAAUGACAGCAAGGAAUGUCUUCAGAGGACAGAGUUAAAGAUUCAAGAGGCAGAAACUCUUCUGAAGGAGCGUGAGGAGGUGCUGGAGAGUCUGCGUGGACGGUUGGAGGAGGUAACGGGUCGUCUUAAAGCAACCGAAGAGGCGCAAGCCUUGAAAGAGGUCAGGCUACAGAGGCACCUGCGCCUCCUGCAAGAGAGCCAGGAACGAGAAAGGAGGAGCUUCAGUGACAGCCUUGACCAAUCAGAACAGCGAUCGAAGGAACUGGAGGAGCGUCUGAGGCAGAAAGAGGCUGAGCUGCAGAAAAGCCCAACAGGGGACGUUACUGAUGAACUUCUGCGAAGGUGCCAGGAGCUACAAAACCAGCUGGAAGAGUCAGACAGUGAGGUAUGUCGUCUGCAGGCACGCCUCCAAACCGAAGAGACUCUUUAUUAUGACAUGGAGCAUGAUUAUGAAAGAGCUUGUGAGGAGAUACAGAGUUUGCGAGGUACUCUGCUGGACCACGAGAGGGUAAGUGAGGAGCGCUUUCAAACCCAGCUGGUGCAGCAACAACAAGAGUUAGACAGGAAGGAACGAGAACUACAGGAAGUGCUUCUUAAGAUGGCCAUCCUGGGCAGUAGUUUAGAGGAGACCGAACAAAGGCUCAAGGAAGCUCAAACCCAUUCUUCUGAAGCUAAUGUUCUCUGUGAGGCAUUGAUUGAGCCACAACAAUGCAGACAGAAAGGGCAGAGUGAUUCGGAAAUGCAACCUACUACUCAUGGAGACGAGUCACAUAGAGUGAUCUCCGUGAUCCAGGCACUAGAGUGCAAGUUAUGUGACACCGAAGAGCGACUCCGGGAGCUUACCAUGCAUCUUCAGCAACUGCAACAACUCAACACUGGACCGCAUGCACUCAAUGAUUCUUGGUGCUCGCACAGUUCCCUCCAGAAUCCGGAGGGUCGACUCUCUGUGGAUGCUUUACCAAGUUUUACUGAAGCUUUGCAUAGCCUGCAGAGAACAGCUUUAGACAGAACAUCAGACAAAGCUAAAAUCUCCCUUUAUGAUGAUGGAAAACCUGGAAGCUGGAGGUUGGUUGGCGAGAGUUCAGGGAGAAAUCAAGCUCUAGAGAUGGCCAGCAGAGUUUUGUCACUGGAGGCACUGAUUAUCCAAAGGACUGCCUCUGCACUUGAGCAUCCCAGCUCAAAGUUGCUUAAUAAAUUGUCAGAGGUGCAUGUCCAGGUGCUUAGGAUGGCUCAAGGAGGCAGUCAUAAUGGGGCUGUAGAACCUAGUUACUCCCAGAUCUUCUUGGACCCUCUUGAGCAAGAUCUGGUAGACAGUACGCUGAGUGAAAGUGCAAUCCAUAGACUGUGUGUAAGAGCAGAGAUGACAUACCUCAUAUAUACUCUCUGUACUCAUCCCUCACAGGAGCAAAAGGGAUCUGAGCUUUUUUAUGUCUUGCCUUGGCCAGAGAGUUCCUCAUCUGGAACCAAAAUGGAAAACUGUUCAAAGCAGGGGUCCAGACUUGCUGACAUUAGCCCGCCAGAACUUGCACCUUACAGUGAACAAAUGGAUGACGAACUGGCAACCGAUCUUCUCCUUGAGGGCUCCGAGGUACAGCUUGCUUGCAGAAAGAGUCUGGUGGCAGAGCUCCGUGCUCAGACCCAGUCACUGCAGAACCUCUCAACACAGCUACAGUCUAAUGUUAGAGAGGUCGACCUUCCUGGUGAACUACCCUCAGCCAUCCUGAGGGCUGCAAUUUGUCAAGCCACUUUGGCAUACAUGGCCUGUCGUCUUCGUUCGGCCCUGCAGCAAGAGAUGAGUGCCCUACGCAAACAGAGAGAGCAGGCUGAGUGUGAGUGUCAUGCCGUGUGUCGUAGCAUGGAGACUCUUUUCCAGGAACAGACGGAGCGUUACGAAGAGAAGCUGCGCGAGGAGCGUGUUGUUGUCGAAAAGGCAGAGCAGGAGUGUGUUUCGGCGGAGACCAAUGCUCAAUUGAGGAUGGAAGAAGCCGAAAAAUUGCAUUUGGAGUUUGAGGAGAAGCUCCAAGAGCUCCAGAAAAUCCAUGAAGAGGAGAUGAGCCGUCUCCACGAAUAUUACAUUCAAAACUUGUCAAGGCCAAAAGCUGCAACUCUCCCAGAACUAGAGGAGAAUGAAGAGACUGAGCAGGUGACUGCUCUGCAAGACCGAAUCAGAGAGCUUGAGACAGAGGUGACUUGUUUGAGGGCAGAUCUUAGUAACCAGAAUGCCAAAGCCUUCCAGCUUGACCUGGAAACCAUCAAGGCCACGUAUGAGCAUGGUUUCAGCAUUAUGGAAGACAGCCACCAGCGAGUGAUUGAGGAGAUGCAGAGGCAGCAUCAGAAAGAGGUGGAGAGACUGACAGAGGAGCGAGAAAGAGUACUGCAGGAAGAGACGAAUGCCACCAUUGCAGCCAUUGAGGCUAUGAGGAAAGCUCAUAAAGAGGAAAUGGACAAGACACAGAAAGCCCUGCAAAAUGGAGCCAAUGUGGACAUCCGCCAGCUUCGUGCACAAUACAAUGAGGAGCUGGAAACAUUGCACAGGGAGCUGGAAGUGUUGUCAGAGCAGUAUUCUCAGAGAUGCCUGGAAAAUACACAUUUGAAUCGGACUGUAGAAACAGAAAGGGAAGCAUUGAGUACAACACAGAGAGAGAACCAGGAACUUCGCAUUCACAACCAGGAAUUAAAUGAGUGUUUGGCUGCUGAAUUAUCCCUGAUGCAUUCACGCAUGAAUGGGGAGGUGAAACAUUCCCAAUCUUCUCAGGAGAAAGACGUGUAUCAGCUGGAGGUAAAUCUCAGAGUAAAGGAAUCGGAGAUUAAGUGUCUGAAACAGGAGAUCAACUCACUUAAACUGGAACUGCAGGCAGGAAAUACGUAUUUUAAAGAGCUAGACUCGGAGUUGAUUGCUUCAGAAGUCAAAACUCAAAGUGACUUCACUAAACUGAGGAUGGUGCCAGCAAGACAACAGAGUUUAAAAUAUGAUCUGAUGAAAUCCAGGAGCAACCUGGACUUCCCAAAGGACCAUGCUACACUUACACAACCUGUCAGAACCAAGAGUCUUAAAGAUGGACUCACUGUUCUGGAGAGGAUGAAGCUUUUUGAAUUAACCAGCACGCAAAAGAUUGGAGUGUGUCUGUGUGAUAGAUAGAGAGAAAGAAAGAUAAGCAUUUUAAUGUCUUAUGUGGGUUAAAUUAUUUAAAUGUAUAUCUUUAUAACACAAUGAAUUCUAACUAUACCUUUAGUCACAGGUGAGUGAGUGAGUGAGUGUGUGUGUGUGUGUGUGUGUGUACGUCAGUCAUUUUAAUUGUUGUUUCGUCACUACUUUAGACAGUAGAAUUCAUUUUUGAUAUGACAUUGUCUCUCUAAAUCUUAAACCGUCUUUGUUUAUAUUUACAUGUUUUAUGCCUGAUUGAGCAUAAGUUCGAUUUGCUUCAUCUCUAAUUAUGAAUAAAGUCAAGCUUUUACAA